UCAUGUGAUGCCACCACGUGGGCCCGGCUGGGCGGUGCAGCUCCCUCGGGCCCCAGGUCGGUCCCCUGGCCCUGGGAGGCUUCUGCACCCUGACCCCCGGUCCCUCCCCCAGGCGGUGGGAACCCGGCCACAGGACCCGGCAGCCCUCUCUGGGACAGGGCCCUCCUCCCUGAUGCCUCCCAGGGCCUGGGACCUCCGAGCAAACCGGUGCAGGCCGCCCUUCCUUCCUCUGCCCCGCUCUCCGGCCCCAGCACGGCGCGCCUCCUCCCCCUCCGCCCGCCCUGCCCUGGAAGGGGCCGUCCUGCAGCCCACUCCGGCCUGAGUUCAUCUGGGGGCACUCGCCUGACCUCGCACGGGCCGUGGAUGGGGGCAGGGCAGGGUCUCGGGCAGCCCGGGCAGUGAGCGGCCCCUCCCGCAGUCCCCAGCAAGCCGGGCACUGAAGGCCAAGGGCAGGGCGGCCCUCUCGCCUCGUCAGCCGGGCAGCGGGAGGCGUCCGAGGCUGCGGGCGUCCAGGCUCUGAGCUGCCGCGGGCGAGGCGUGGGCAGCAGACAUGGCCUUUGUCCUCGACGUCUCUGAGACCCCAGAGGACCAGGGCCCGGAGCCCAGCCCCUACGACGAGAGCGCGGUGCAUGACUCCUUCCACCAGCUGAUCCGGGAGCAGAGCCAGAGAGCAGCCGAGGAGGGGCUGGAGCUGCAGCCCCUGGGCCCGGGCGCCGGGACCCUGGGGCCCUCAGGCAGUGACCACCAGGCCCUCCUGGGGCCCGAGGGGGCAGCCGUCUACAGUGCGGCCACGCUCCGCAUCCUGGCCAGCAUGCCCAGCCGCACCAUUGGUCGCAGCCACGGCGCCAUCAUCUCCCAGUACUACAACCGCACGGUGCAGCUGCGGCGCCGCGCCAGCCGGCCGCCGCUCAGCGGCCUGGCGCGCUCCGCCCGGCCCAGCCUCCGCCUGUACGACCUGGAGCUGGACUCCACGGCCCUGGAGGAGGAGGAGAAGCGGGCCCUCCUGGUGAAGGAGCUGCGGGGCCUGACGCCGGCGCAGCGGGACCACAUGCUGCGGGCCAUGCCCCUCGGCCUGGCUGAGAAACGGCGCCUGCGAGAGGAGACCCAGACCCCGAGGGGGAAGCGGCGGGGCCGUCCGAGGCUCCCUUCCUGCUGCAGCCGGCUCUCCUACGCCCGGGUCCCGGCCUCGCACCACCCGGGGCUCGGGCUGCUGUCGGGGCUCCGCGCCCUGGCGCCGUGGCACUACGCCCUGAAGCGCAUCGGCGGCCAGUUCGGCUCCAGCGUGCUGUCCUACUUCCUGUUCCUCAAGACCCUGCUGGCCUUCAACGUGCUGCUGCUGCUCCCCCUGCUGGCCUUCGUGGUGGGCGUGCAGGCCGCCUUCCCGCCCGCGCCCCGCGGCCCCGCCCCCGCCUUCACCGGCCUGGAGCUCCUCACCGGCGGGGGUCGCUUCACGGACACUGUCAUGUACUACGGCUACUACAGUAACGCCACCCUGAACCAGCCGUGCGCCGGCCCGCUGCAGGGCGGCCAGUGCACCCCCGAGGCGGCCGGCCUGCCCUACAACAUGCCGCUGGCCUACCUCUUCACCGUGGGCGCCGCCUUCUUCAUCACCUGCAUCACCCUGGUGUACAGCAUGUCCCGCUCCUUCGGGGAGAGCUACCGGGUCGGCAGCGCCUCGGGGGCCCACGCCAUCACCGUCUUCUGCUCCUGGGACCACAAGGUGACUCAGAGAAGGGCCUCCCGCCUCCAGCAUGACAACAUCCGGACGCAGCUGAAGGAGCUGCUGGCCGAGUGGCGGCUGCAGCGCGGCCCCAGGAGCGUGUGCGGGCGGCUGCACCGGGCGGUGGUGCUGGCCCUCGUGUGGCUGCUGUGUCUGGGGAUCACGCUCGGGUGCACCGUGGCCGUCUACGCUUUCUCCGAGCUCAUGAUCCAGAGCCCAGUGUCUGCCCAGCCAGAGGGGGCGCUGCUGGGCCUGCCCUUCGUAGUCGGCCUCCUCAACCUGGUGGCGCCCUACCUGUACCGUGGGCUGGCCGUCCUGGAGCGGCAGGACUCCCCCGUGCUGGAGGUGUACGUGGCCAUCUGCAGGAACCUCAUCCUCAAGAUGGUCGUCUUGGGGAUUCUUUGCUACCACUGGCUGGGCCGUAGGGUGGGCGCCUUGAAUAACCAGUGCUGGGAGAACUUCGUGGGCCAAGAGCUGUACCGCCUCGUGGUGACGGACUUCCUCUUCACGCUGCUGGACACGCUCUUCGGGGAGCUGGUGUGGCGGCUCAUCUCCGAAAAGAAGCUCAGGAGGGGGAAGCCCGAGUUUGACAUUGCCGGGAAUGUGCUGGAGCUGAUCUACGGGCAGACCCUGACCUGGCUGGGGGUCCUCUUCUCGCCCCUCCUGCCCGCCGUGCAGGUCAUCAAGCUGUUGCUGCUCUUCUACAUCAAGAAGGCGAGCCUGAUGGCCAACUGCCAGGCGCCCCGCAGGCCCUGGCUGGCCUCUCAUAUGAGCACCGUCUUCAUCUCGCUGCUCUGCUUCCCCUCCUUCCUGGGUGCCGCCAUCUUCCUCUGCUACGCCAUCUGGCAGGUGAGGCCCUCGAGCCUCUGUGGGCCCUUCCGGACCCUGGACACCAUGUACGAAGCCGGCAAGGUGUGGGUGCGCCACCUGGAGAGGGCGGGCCCCAGGGUCUCCUGGUUGCCCUGGGUCCACCGGUACCUGGUGGAGAACACCUUCCCGGUCUACCUGGUGUCGGCCCUGAUGCUGGCCAUGAUCUACCUCAACAUCCAGGUGGUGAAGGGCCAGCGGAAGGUCAUCGGCCUCCUCAAGGAGCAGAUCAGCAACGAGGGAGAGGACAAAAUCUUCCUAAUCAACAAGCUUCACUCGGUCUGCGAGAAGAAGGAGAGGAGCAGGGCUGGCAGGAUGCAGGCAGCUGUGACGCCCCCAGCCCUGGACGCAGAGGAUUGGGACCCCUGGCAGCACAGCGCGGGGCCCGGCAGCCCCGCCUCUGCUCACCGGCUCGGCCCGGCCCCUACAGCUCUGCAGACACACACGCCACCCUGACUGGGCCGGCCCCUCCUGUGACCCUGCCGGGACUC